GUCACUGGGUUUGGUGAAAAGAUAAUUUACAUUUAAGUGAAAGGCUUGAAUGGUGAACUGUAUUCAUAGUUCCACAAUGGGAACAUAGUGUCUUAAAGAUCUUUAUCAAACUAUCAGCAUACACAGUAUUAUUAAAUUGAAAUUAUAUUGAAACAAUGAAGAGCUUUUGUUCCAUGUGUUAUAAAUGUGCAGUCUAGGGAAACUCUACAACAUUCACUAUUCUUAUCUGAGCUGGAAGAAGGAAUACCAACAUUUGGGAAUAGCUGUGGAAGAUAUUUUUACAGUGUAUAGACUGUGUUGGAUCAUAGAGAAAGAAAGAAGUCAGCAAGGCAGAAAGCAAGAUAUAAAGUCCUAGUUUAAAGAAAAAGGCAAAUAAAAGCUAGUUUUAUAGCAGACAAGAUAUAACGCUGAAAAGAAGAACAAUUGAAACCCCAUGAUAAAGCUAUGAUUCUUGCACGUGUAAAUGAUCAACUUACAGCAGAUUCAACAAAAUUGUACAUUUUCCCUAGAAACAAAGAAGUUGAUGAACAUAACAAACAUUUGUUAGAGACACUUUGUUCUGACAUCAUUAAAAUAGAAGCAGCUGAUAUCAUCCAUUCAAGGUCAGGACAAACAAAAAGAAAGAAGGUUCCUUUUGCUAAAGAUUCUUUAGCGUUAAAACCUUUGAUUGAAGUUGCUGUUAAUGCAAGAGUUAUGCUUACCACAAAUCUUAAUGUCAGUGAUGGACUUUCAAAUGGUGUCAUGGGUACUGUUGUUAAGAUAGAUCAAGAUACAAAACCAUUAAACCAACCACAAUUCAUCUGGGUACAUUUUGAUAACCCCCAAAUAGGUGCAAAUACCAGGCAACAAACAGUAAGACCUGAAAAUAUCCACACAAACAGUGUACGACUUACACCACAUGUGGAGCUUUUUGAACAUCAAUCAGUAAAGGUUGCUCGAUACCAGUACCCUCUUAAGUUAGCAUGGGCCUGCACAGUUCAUAAAACCCAAGGGAAAACUGUCACUGAUGCAGUAGUUUCGUUGAAGCAUGUCUUUGCACCAGGUAUUGGGUAUGUUGCACUUAGUCGUGCUACUAAAUUAUCAGGUCUGCAACUUUUAAGUUUUGACAAAACAGAUGAAGCAAACUUAUAUUGUGACAUUAAAGUAGAUUCAGCAAUGAGCGUCAUGAAAGCACUUAAGCCAGACACAUUACCCAUCUUAAGACCACUACAGAAAACACUUACAAUUGUAUGUCACAACAUCCAAUCUCUACCUGCUCAUUUCAAAGACUUAACAAGUAAUCCAGAGAUGGCUGUGGCAGAUAUUGUAGCUAUUACUGAGAGUUGGCUACAUAGCCAUGUCCCUUCUGCUAAAUACUCUAUUCCUGGUUUUCGGCUGAUAAGAUGUGAUCGUCAAAAUGACACCUCUAGAGGGGGGGUAGCGGUUUAUAUUCGCAACACCUUGAAAGUAACUGAGGUCAAAAACAACAGAGUUAGUGAGACAGGUUUUGAAAGCAUAACUAUAACCAUUAAUGGUUACUAUAUGAGCUUUAUUUACCGUUCACCAUCAAUUGUAGGCCCAACUUUCAACAGGAAAAUACAAGAAAUUUUAAGUCAAAACAAACAGCCCAUAAAACCAUCAAUAUUGUUAGGUGACUUCAAUACUGAUUUGUCAAAAGCUCCUACAACAUCUGUUUGUCUUCCUAGUUUACAAUACCAUAAGCAGAUGAUUGCCUCUCCAACAUUUAGAGGUGUCAAAGGGUACACUAGCCUGUUAGAUCAUAUUUACGUACAAAAUGUAAGCACUAUAGAGACCGGUACACUGUGCACAUAUUACAGCGACCAUGAUCCUGUAUAUGCUAUUAUACCUAUCAAUGCAUAGAAUAUUAAAUAUGUACAUAUUUGUAAAAAAACAGUGUAUAUAUGUAAGUAUUGCUAAUAUGUAUUAUACGCAAUUUGAAAUAUAUUUCUUCAGAGAUGUUAAUUUGGAUUAAGAGAUGUUUUGGUUUUA